GUCCGAAUUGAACUUGAAGGCUGGAGAGCGUCUUCUCGGAACCGUGCAGAAAGAAAAGGUGGUCGUGAAUCGCAAUGGCGUCGCAGGCGGUGCUUGCUGGGUCAGGGUGUGGUGCUUUCUCGGCUGUAGCAGGUCAUACGCACAGAUGUGGUAGCGCUCAAGCAAGCGCCUCGGCGCUCCAUGUGGCGGCUCCUUGUCGACGCAAUGGGAGGCCAGCAAUGGCUCGCUUCGAGGGCUUCAGACAAGCAGGCGCUUGGUCGAGGACGGAGGUGCAGGGGACGGGUCUCUCAGUCUCACAGGCAGCCAGUGUAGCUCCAAGGAGGCAAAAUCGCGCUAUCCGUGCUGCCGCUGCCGGCACUGCCCCCUCCCGCGAGACCGACCCCAACAAGCGCGUUGUCAUCACUGGCAUGGGCCUGUGCUCUGUGUUCGGCAACGACCCGGACACCUUUUACGAGAAACUGCUCGCCGGCACGAGCGGAAUCACCGAGAUCGAUCGGUUCGACGCGUCCAAGUUCCCGACGCGCUUCGCGGGCCAGAUCAAAAACUUCGACGUUGAGAACGAGAUCGACGGGAAGAACGCGAGGCGGCUGGACGACUGUCUAAAGUACGGGCUGGUGGCCGGGAAGAAGGCGCUGCGGAUGGCGGGGCUGGAAGGGGACGGUCUGAAGGAUGUAGACAAGACGCGGGUCGGCGUGCUGGUGGGGAGCGGCAUGGGCGGGCUCACUGUCUUCCAGGACGGCGUGCAGGCGCUCGUUUCCAAGGGCUACAAGAAGAUCAGCCCCUUCUUCAUCCCGUACGCCAUCACCAACAUGGGGGGGGCGCUGCUCGGCAUCGAGUGCGGCUUCAUGGGGCCCAACUACUCCAUCUCCACCGCGUGCGCAACUAGCAACUACGCCUUCUACGCGGCUGCCAACCACAUCCGGCGGGGCGAGGCUGACAUCAUGGUGGCGGGCGGCAUCGAGGCGCCCAUCAUCCCCGUCGGGCUCGGCGGCUUUGUGGCGUGCCGCGCGCUGUCCACCCGGAACGACGACCCGCAGACCGCCAGCCGGCCGUGGGACAAGGACCGGGAAGGGUUCGUCAUGGGAGAGGGCGGGGGUGUCCUGAUCAUGGAAAGCCUGGCGAACGCGGAGAAGCGCGGCGCCAAGAUUCUGGCGGAGUAUUUGGGGGGUUCCAUCAACUGCGACGCGUACCACAUGACGGACCCCCACCCCAGCGGCCUCGGCGUUUCCACCUGCAUCAAGCUCGCGCUCAAGGACGCGGGCGUCGCGCCUGAGGAGGUGAACUACAUCAACGCCCACGCCACGUCCACGAUCGUCGGCGACCUGGCGGAGGUCAAUGCGGUUAAGAAGGUGUUCAGCAAGGCGGACCACAUCAAGAUGAACGGCACCAAGUCCAUGAUUGGGCACUGUCUAGGAGCGGCGGGCGGUCUAGAAGCCAUUGCGACCCUCAAGGCCAUCGAGACAGGCUACGUGCACCCCACCAUUAACCAGAUCAACCCUGAGCCGGAGGUGACCGACUUCGUUGACACCGUGCCCAACGUGAAGGCCAAGCACGAGGUUGAAGUUGCGAUCUCAAACUCGUUCGGAUUCGGCGGCCACAAUUCCGCCGUUGUGUUUGCACCGUACAAACCGUGAGCAGUCCACGGAAAGUAGAGGCCUUCCCUAUUGCCCCUCGCCUGCAGAUUAGCAGGGCAUAGGGGUAUCCAUCUCGAGACUCGUGUUGACAUUGGCGCUUGAGCAGAGGUUCGGACAUCCAUCGUCUUUGAAAGUCGCUGCGUAUGGUGGAACAGCGUCCACACCCCGUGCUCGGAUCCUUGUGUUUGUGCAGCUCUUGCAGUUCCACCUAGAAGCAACGGGCUAUGCUGACAUCUU